AUGUCUCUCACACCGUGAACUGUCACUUGCGUUGUGUUCCCAAUUGAUUGAGUGGAAUACGUAAAUCGCAUCGCGGAACGAACGCACUCUUACGUAUUUUUCAAAGAAUGUUUGACAAUGCAAUUUGACUCUCUGGAAUACAACGGUUUAGCUUAGCUUUGUUAUUGACUAAAACACACACAAUAUUUGUACAUUCUUAGUUUUGUGACGAAAAGAAACCAUUUUUAGCGCACAAAUGGAUACGCAAACGAAGCAUUUCAUAAAUUCAAUCAUGGAAAACAAUGAGUGAAAGUGGUAAUUUAAAAAAAAACAACAAAUAGAAAAAACCAAAAUCGGACUCAAAACAACAAGCAAUCAUUUAAAAAGUUGUCGUUGUAUCGCAUACCAUAUAGAAUUUUAUGUUUGUGGUCUUUUUCAUUUUUUUUUUAUAUUUGUUUGAUUGUUUGUAUAUUUUAAUUGAAAAAUGGCAAGCCAACCGCAGCAUAAAUACGAUAAUUUUCAACGUUUUGUGUUCGAAUGUAAGAAAUAUGUGAGUGAAAUUCAAAAUUAUUCAGGUGGCGAUCGUUUAGCCCCAUGGUAUGCGUAUUUACUUUGGAUGGAAGAGAAUUUUAUCAUUGACCUCAAAGGAAAGGAAACAAUUUUCGAUGAGAUUUUAGCAGCAUGUCUAUGCCAAUUUGAGAAUGAUGCAUUAUACAAGCAGGAUCGACGACUCAUUAAACUGUUCAUCAAAUUUAUUCAAUGCCAAGAGGAACAAGACAUGCAUUAUGAUGCGAUGGUAUCAAACGCUGUUGGUGACAAAGUGGCUGAUUUAUACAUUAAUUGGGCCUUUCACUUCGAUAUUGCUGGCCAAUUUAUAAAAGCAGAUGAAGUAUUCAGACGUGGCCUGAAUGCUGGUGCCGAACCAUUGAACUUAUUGAAAUCGGCUCAUCAAGCAUUCGGUUAUUCAAUGUCACAACGAAUGUUAUACAAAUCCGAUACCAAUUUUCAGCAACAGCUUCAAUGCCGAAUGAAAAAGCAGUUGGAGGAUAUAGCAUCACUUCGAAUCGAUGGAACGAGCGUCAACGCAGCGAAAUCAAUGGCAUUACAAAUGUUCGAUAAAUCGCAAUUGAUGAGCGUUUGCAUACCAAAUUGUGAAAUGGGCAAAACGACGCCAGAGAAACGGCAUAAUACGUCAGUCGCACAGAAUAUCAUCGAUAGUGCACGAAAGAUGCGACGAGAGAAAAGCAAUAAAUUGAUUAAAAAAGCCUGUCGCCUUGACUUCAAUGAGAAUGCAUGUGCGCAGGCGACUACAGCACGGCUAGAGCCGAAUAUGUACGAAAGGGGAAUCCAAUUGGGCCAAAAUUUCAAGUCAAAAAAUCUUCCGCAAAGACAAGUUCCGCCCACACCAUACAACGAUCCAUCGAUCGGCACAUUCCGAGGAGAACUACCGCGCUAUGAUAAAAUCAUGUUGGUGCCGGGGACAAAUAUGGCCUUUUCGGCCGAUGAACUGAAAGCAUACAAAUGGUUCAAGCAGCGACGCAUCGAGAAUACAUUCACCAAAGAGCAAGAUAAAAUCUGGGGCGUGGGACACAAUUUGCCGAUUCGAUGGGCAAAUGUGUUUGCGCGCAAGAAUUAUCCGCAGCCCAAAUGGAUCGUGCCCCGCAUUGAGCCAUCCGAUGAACUGAACGAACGAGGCCCACAUAGAUUUAUGUGCAGAAUGGCUAACAUGUAUCCGGAAAAUUCCAGUGAAGAAUAUUCGCUGGAUGAAAUCAUGUGGAAUAAGAGGCGAGCAAAGGCAAACGCACCACCUCAACCAGCGAACAAAAGUGUCAUGAAAUCAAAUCGCCUUAUCAAUCGAACAAACAGCAACGACAGCAAAUUGUCACCAAUUGUCGAAAUGGAGCUAUCUGGAUAUGGAGACGCUUUGCUUGAAGUGCCACGAAGGAAGGAAAUCAUUCAACCGAACACGAACACGGUGGAGUGGAAUAAAAAGAGGAAAUCUUCCAUUUUCCCAACAUUUGAUGCAUUGAACGACACAUGCACCACACAAAUGUUUAGCAACUUGUUACAUAGCUCCGCCAUAAGCACGCCAAAGGUAAAAAUGCCAAGGUUUGAUCGGGAUGAAACCGUCAGUAGCCAUUGGCAAGAAGAGACCAAACUGAAACUGUUCACCGAUCAAUCAUCGGAGUUAUUGCCCGAUCUGAAUAAUCAAGGCGAUAAAAAUGGCAAGAGCCAACCCAACGAUGUCGGAUUCGCGAUCUACGAAGAUAAAACCCUAACGAUGCACGCUGUCAAGAGUGCGGCAUACAAACAAACGAUUAAUGAAUCAUCUGUUGGCAACAAAGAGAAUAUUGCCGUGAAUGAGAAUCAAUUGGUCAAUCUGGAGCCGAUAAAAACAACAGGCAAAUUUGAGUCAGCUGUGAUAAAUUCGAGCGAACAACCGAGCAUGAAAGUGGCGAAAGAGAAAACAGAAGUUCAGCAAUCGAAUGGGUUGAAAUUCGAUGUUUACACGGACAAUACUGAAACAAUGGUCAACGUUUGGCAAAAUGUCCAAAAACUGGAGACAUCAAUUGAAAAUAAGGAAAAUCAGAUUCAACAACCGAAGCAAGACACAACAAUUGAAGACACCAUUGCGAAUGUGAAUAAAAUGAUUGAAUCCGUAUUGAAUGCCACCAAACCUGAUGGUUUCAAUGCAACCAAACACGCAACGACCAAUUCGAAUGCGACCAACUACUUGAAUGCGACUCGAAACCUCAAAGACGAAUCUGCAUUCAAAGCACCGUUGCCGCCAAAGAAAACUAAACCGGCUCAAAGGCCGAGUGAUACAUUUUUCGAACUUUUGGACACAACCGAAGAGUUUGAGUUCCUUGAAGCCCAGUGUGCCAACUCACCGAACACGGGAGACAAAUCACUUGAGCUACCAUCAUUUAAAUUGGAGCAAAGUUUUGCCAAAAGUGUGACGAUUGGAGCGGCCAAUAAGAGUAAUUUGACCGAUAAAUCUUUUCGAUUGAGCAUUGAGAUAACCGAGGAGGAGCGGCUGAAUGUCAUCAACAAUCCAGCUAUAUGCGAUAAAACUCGGUUGAAUUGGACACAACAGCUAUCGAUGGCAUUGCCAAAUGAGCCGCCAAUCGUUGAACAUGAAGUGGAAGAAGAACUUGGCAAAGAACUCGAGAAAGAGGCUGAAAUGAAAGCAGAAGAAACUGAAGAAGAAGAUGAUAUUGGAAGAAGUAUUUACGUCAAGCAACCUGAACCAGAGUUCAAUGAAAAGGAUGCAGAUUGGAAGGAAUACACACAAUUUAUAGCCAACAACACCGCAAUCAAUGAGUACAUAGUCGAAGAAGUUAAUUUGGAUGAAACGAAACAUAGAAUCGAUACGCAUAUGCUCAACUUGAAGGAUUUGAAUCCGUUCGAUCCUGAGGUACAGAAAGAUGUACUCACCGACAUCGGGUUUCUGGACCAAUUGAGCGGUGCCAAUAAUUUCAAUUGUGUGAUGAUGAACGUGGUGCCACCGCUGAAGCCAAGAGCAUCCAUUGAAAUAAACAAACAAAAGUAUCAAAUUCGUAAGCUGAUCGGUACCGGCACUUAUGGCAAAGUGUUCUCAGCCGAAUGCUCAAAGACCAAAGAGAUGUACGCAUUGAAACAACAGAGGCCGCCGAAUCUGUGGGAAUACUACGUUUGCCUGCAAAUUCAUGCACGUCUUAAAGACGAACGAGUCCGCAAUGGAUUUAUGGCUGUGGACUUAGCAUUCAUCGGGAACAAUGCAACGAUCUUUGCAUCAAAAUUCUCAAAACACGGCACCAUUUUAAACGUUUGCAACAAAGUGAAGCAGACAACAAAUAAGCCCAUCGAAGAAUGCAUCGUGAUGAUCCUAGUCAAGCAGAUGUUUACCAUAAUGGAACAUUUUCAUCGGGCAAACUUCAUUCAUGCCGAUAUAAAGCCGGAUAACUUCUUGCUCAUGGACAAAUUGAGUUUGAACUACGAAAACCCAGACAUUGUGCUGCAACUCAUCGACUUUGGGCAAUCGAUCGAUCUGAGCUAUUUCUCAAACCACGUAUUUUGGGCGAAAGUCAAAACUGAAAACUUUGUUUGCACUCAGAUGAUGGAAGACAAACCAUGGACUUAUCAUUGUGAUCUGUUUUGUUUGGCCAGCACCAUUUAUACGAUGGUCGCUGGAAAAUACAUGGUGGUUUCACGUUGCAAACCAACAGAUCCAUACAAACCACAAAAGUUACCGCGAUACGUCAAUGGAUCGCUGUGGGACGAAAUUUUCGAUACACUCAUCAAUAUACGUAGCAUGAAAAAAAUGCCAUCAUGGUCUAAACUACAGCAGCUGCUGGAUAACGAAUUACAAGCGAUUGGCAAGAAAAAAGUGACUGAAGCAAUCGCCAAAUUCAACAAAGCAUUAGAUUAGGCGAUUUUUCUUAAAUAGAAAUGCACAUCAAUCACAUCAUAUUUAAUACAACAACGCAUCACACCAUAUGUAGUAUACGAUUAAAAAUUUGUCAUUUAAUCAACGCAUCAGAAUGCAUUUACAAUAAAGUGAAAUUUCAAAUUCAA